AUGGAUAUGGAGUUAGCCAAGGUUUGCACCGAAAUGGGCAAGGUUAACUCCAUGAAACCUCUGGGGAUUUCCUCAACACUCGACCGAGAUUUUUCUAGAUCUUUUUUAAGGGCUUCAAUCAAAGGCUUCGAUUUCGACUGCAGUAACGGGCCAGGAAUAAUCGAUCCUUGCAGUCCUAGUUCCUGGGCCAUCUCCCACCAGCGAAAACUUGGCGUCAUCCACACCCCCAAUGAGGGCGACAACGACGACGAGUUUUUCACGUCUGUGUAUGGAACGCCGUUUGUAGCAGCGAAACAGACACCCCUUUUUUUCUUUCGCACCCCUCUUUGUCUCGUUGUCUGCUUUAGUCGUCUGCUAACCGUUGCCAGGACUACGAAGUCUUCCUAUCCUAGAAGUAAAAUGAGCUGGAAGAAAGAUACUUUAGUUCGUAUGGUGAUCAAGUUACCCACGUGUGGAACAUUGCUAAACAUGCCACUUCGCCUGGAUUUUGUUGAACGCCUUAUCGACAAUGAAGAAGAACAUAAGAAAUUUGUUUUGCUUUGCGAAAGGCAGUUCAAUGCUGGUGUUCCUUCUCACACCAUUUAUGAAAUAAAAAAGCCAGAUGAACACAGUUAUUCGAAGAAUAACUCAGAAAUAGAUUCUGAAAUGGAGGAAUUUGAUAGGAGAAUCACAUCGCUCAGUAAACUUUCUUCAGAUGAAGACAUUAUUGUGCAAAUAUCAGAUGAUGAAAAAGAAAGUGAAGAAAAAGUGAAUUCAAGACUCUAUCUGUCCACGUCUUUGUCUCCUUACUCAUUAAAUGAAUCACUUGAUGAACAACUUCACACAAAUUCUAGAUCUGCAUCUCCACAAACAGAUGAAACAAGAAAGAAGAAAGAUGCUAAGGAAGAAACAAAGAAAAAAGAAAGUUAUCUGGGCAAGCUAACAGAGUGUCAUCCCAAACAAGGCAUUCGAAAAGCUGUUUCCACAGAAAAGACUGCACACACAUACGAUGAUGACUGGUUAAAGGAAUCACAAGACGAAGCAAAAUACCCCACAACUUCAAGAACAUUCCGUGCUCGUCAGAACGUUGGAAUGACCCAACAUACUGAAAGCCAUUCUCCAAUCAGGUCUUCCACACCAAACCAUGAAAGCCGCGGAGGUUCAUCAAAACUAGAUUCUCAGCCGAUUUCUUCUUACCACUCUUCCGUUGAAAACCGCAAACCUUCAACAGAUCGCCAAUAUUUUCAUGUUCGCGAGAAUGAAGGUUCUCGCUCUUCUGUGAAAUGUCAAAAUGGAAACAGUCAACGUCGUACAUAUGAAACUAAACGCGAUUCUCGUCAUGGAAGGAAGGAAAAGGAUCCAUUUGUCAAAUCUGAAAUUGAACGUUAUGAUCGUCGCAGAAAUUUGAAUAGUCGCAAUUCUCACAACUCAAAAAAGAAAGAUCAUCGAAGCCGCUCUCCUAUCGACAAGAGAAGAUUAUCCAAUGUAUCCAGUUCCUCAUAUUCUGACAACGGGUCCUCAUCUUACCACAACCGAUCUCGUUCUUCUUUGCCUGAUUUUUCUGGGCCAAAAUACAGUCAGAGGGUUAAUCGAUCACUAAAGGACCUUGUGAAAGAAUCAAAGAAAGAUGUAAACUCAAGUUACGGUUCAUACACCCAAAACGGAAAACUUUCAAUUGGGAAAUCGACUGUCAAGUGUCAACACGUGGAAUUCUAUUGUUUAAGAAAGUUGGAGUUUCUCAUUCGAAUCCCGGAAGACCAGGAAGAAAUAAAAUUAUCGAACGCUGGUUUGGGUUCAAAAGUUAUUGAAGUUCCCCUGAACCAAUCAGGCAAAGAAAUGAAAAAUCUGAUUCACUCAAACUUUCCGUCUUUAAAGGGAGACUUCAUCAUUGCAUGUAGAUUGAAAAGAGGAGAUAAAGUUCUAGAACCUGUCUUUAAAGAAGUACCGACAAUGAAAGCUCCGACAAAAACUAGCACAAUGUAUGUCGUCUCUUACGAGGAAAUUGAUAUCGCUGAUCGGGAGGAAAGAGUUCGAUGUUCAAUAUGCAAUAAUUACAUUAAGGUUUCAAAGCGAUUUGAACACCACUUGAAGUGCUCUGAGAAAAAUAAUGCUUAACUUCCAUGAAUGUGAUGCUAUUAAUCCAGUGCCAGUUUACACCAGGCCAAAUUUUAUGUAAUUCAAUUAUC